CCCGUUCCAGCUCGCCGCCCUCUCUCCUCACACAGUCGCAAUCGCAGCACAACAGCACACACGCACACUCUCUCUUCCCAGUCCAGUCCAGUCCAGUCCACCCCCACAGCCGCGCCCUUGCAUUGCUUGCUUCUCGCCGCGGCAACGCACCGCAUCCACCUGCAGCAGCACGGAAACCCUAGCCAACCCAUCCCCACACGCCGCGGAGCUCCGAACGCUGCUGCCGCUGCUGCUUUUCCGGCGGCAUCAAGCCGGAUCUGCGCCCCCACCCACACUACCCGCUUGCCGAGAUUCGGCGCCUCCGCUUGCCGGGAGGCGGAAUGCGGUGAGGAGGAGGAGGAGGAGGCGGAAUCCGUUUGCCUCUCUGAGCUCUCUCCCCUCCGGCGAGCGAGCCGUGGGGGUGGCGCGGCGUGUGGGACGGCCACACCCCCCUUGCGUGGCCCCUCCUCGCGCAAUUCUCGGUUCCAAUCGAAUUGGAGGUAAUUGUUCUGAAUGGACUAUCGUCUCCUCGAUCUGAUAUAUUGGAAAGGAGGAGGAUAGCAAAGUUUUCUCGAAGAGACUUCUAGUCUAUAAAGAUGCCACCCUCUCCCUCCCUGAGGAGAUCUCCUUCAAAGGAGAUUUCCCAUAGGAGGGGCCACAGUUUUGGGAGCACAGUGCCUGCUAAACCAAAGGAUGACGAACUCGCAUUGUUCAAUGAUAUGCGGAAAAAUGAGGAGGACAACUUCUUGUUGGAGUCGUCCGAUAAUUUUGAUGAAACGAUCUCAAAAUUGAGCUAUUUUCCGGAUCUCAAGCUUGGCGUCAACAUUGCCAGACGAGAAGAAAGCCGUGAUUUUCUUAACACUGAUGGUGACAAGAAUGAUUAUGAUUGGUUGUUGACUCCUCCAGAAACACCACUUUUCCGUUCAUUGGAUGAUGAUGAAGACAAGCUCGCUGGUCCAGCUCCUAGGGGCAGGGCUCAGACAAAGCCAAUAUUGAUUUCAAGGUCAUCAACAAUGGAAAAUGCUCAAAGAUCUAGUAGAAGCAGUGCAAGCCCAAAUAGACUAAGCUUGUCACCACGCUCAAGUAGCAGCAAUACAGCUCUGACAAGGACAAGAUCAACGAAUUCAUCUUCUCGUUGUAGCCCACCACUUUCUCUGCAAUCAUCCACACCAUCUCGAAGAUCUCCAACUCCUCCGGGUAAUAAGACAUUAACACCACCACGGAGGUCACCUAGUCCUGCCUCAAGGAGGAUGAGUGCUACUUCAAGUGGACCAACGCUGAAUGGAACAAGGGGAGCUUCACCUGUGAAAACUAAUCGUAGGUCAUCUUCUCCAAAAUUUCAAGGAUGGCAGUCAAGUGAUCCCGGUUUCUCUUUUGAUGCACCUCCAAACCUUCGCACAUCUAUGUCAGACCGCCCAUUAUCCCGUUCAAGGGGUGGGUCCCCUUCAUCUUUCAGUGGAUUAAACAUGGUUUCAAGAGGUAGAAGACAAUCAAUGUCUCCUACCCCGUCAAGAAGAACUAUUUCGUCCCAUAGUACUGAACGAGAUCGUUUCAGUUCAUACAGCAAAGCUUCUGCAACAUCUUCUGGUGAAGAUGAUCUAGACUCUAUGCAGUCUGUGCCAAUUGACUAUUCCAGCAGUCCAGCUGUAAAAAAGAGCCUGGCAGUGAUGAAGACCAGAACAAUUGCAUCAUCACAGAAGCCAUCCAAGAGUUUCUCUCCUAGUUCUGCCCCAAAGAGAUCAUUUGAUUCUGCUGUUUGGUUGAUGGAUCAUCGCAAAGCACCUCAAAGUAUGUUCAGGCCACUUCUGUCAAGUGUCCCCACUACCACUUUUGUAGCCGGCAAAGGAAAUGUUGUUCAUCGCCCUACGUUUUCACACAUUUCCUCAGUCACAACCAGCAGCAACGCAAGUUCUGAGCAUGGUGCCACUUUUAGCCCUUGUGUGGACAUUGACCAUGAACGACAUGAUCUAGUUGGUCAAUGGGAAACAAAUGACAGUUCCAGAAUCCAUGAAGAGAUAUUUAUGUUUGAUAAAUCUGAUGAGCUGAAUGAAGGAUCCAAUUGUCAUCAGCACAGUUUAUCAACUACUUGUAGUGGUUUAGAGAACUCAUCAGGCAGAGUCAAUUGUGUAGAGAGCACCAAAGAAGGCCUUGAUAUGAAAAGUAGACGAACAGCUGAUCAGAUUUCAUGUGGUUUUGCAAGUAGUUCUGAGGUUGGAGAUGGUGAAAUGGCCACAUGCACUAGAUGUGGAAAGAUUUUUAAUGUGAUGUAUUUGAGUGGUGAUAAUUAUUGUGAAGAGUGUGAUUUUGGGGAUGGGAUAUUUUCUGCAGGAUCUAAGAUACAAACUACAGAAGGACUACAUCAGAAGGACCAUAAAUUUACGCAAUCUAAAGUUUGCAUUCCAUCGGAAGAUCGUCGUCCUAUAGCACUAGAUUGUGUAGAAGAUAGCAGUGAUGUAUCUCUUGACCAUCAGUUAGUGAGCAAUGAACCUCCAGCUGAUUAUUUACAAAGGUACUCCACUGAAUCAGUGGUGCACACAAAUGAGGAAAAGAUGUUGGGGAAGCAUUUGAUGAAUCUUAAAGAAAAUAUCAGUCCACAUGAUAUUGGUGACUCUUCAAUGGGAAAUAGCAAUGAUAUUUCACCACAUACAUGUAGUGUAAGUGACUAUCAAGAAGCUGAAGCAGCACAUGUGACAGAGUAUAAGCUUUUCAGACUACAAAAAGGUAACCAAAAUCAUGAAAUGGCCCAAUGCCUGUCAGAAUCAGAUUGCCAACAUAAUGGAUUUAUUUCUGGUAUGGUGGCCAGUGGAUCUCAUGAACUGGGGUCAACUGGGCCUCCAAGCCUUAAGGUUGAAAAUGCUGAGGGCAACGGUAUAUCGGUACUCUUAUUGGAGGAGACAAGAAGCAAGAAAUGGCCUAUUGUGGAAGGGAGGACUUUGGUUACUACCAACAUUCAUUGUUUGGAACCCUAUUAUACAGCAGAUAGUGUCAGUUUGAUGAAGCGUAGCAUUGGACGGGAUAGCUCUUCAGCUGCUUCUUCCAUUGAUCUAGGGCCAUCAGGGCAAUCAGAUGUACGCUUUGAGCGCCUUAGAAGUGGUAAGAAGGGUGACUUCGAGAAGUCUCAAAUAAGUUGUCAAAGCAUUGCUUCAGUGUCGGAUAUGUCAAUUAGCGGUUCAUCAGCUUCACAUUACCCUCAGAGUUAUGUAAAUGGAGAUGGUUGCCAUCCAAUCUAUAGUUUGGAAACAAGUGCUUUGACAGCUGCGGUUUUUACCGAAGAACAUGAUGGAUCUUUUAAAGAAGCUCUCUCAAGUGCUAUAGAGUGCUGGUCUGUUGCACAAGCCAUUGUAAAUGAUGAUUGUGAAGUAGAAGAUGAAGUAACUCAGAAUCAAGAUAAAGAAAGGAUGGCUCGUGAUGAUAAUUUAGGUGUUGACAUGUGUUCAUCAUACACUGAAGUGCCAAGUGACAUGCCCCAGUCUCCUGCUGCUGACGUUAGCUUCAUAGAAAAGACAGAGAACGAUAGUCAAGAAGUUCCGGCCAUCGCUGACUACUCAGUUGCAACUCCAGAACAUCCAUGUGAUGAGAACAAUUCUGACAUUCCUAGAAUUCUGUCUGAAACGGUUGCAGCUUCUGAUGACGAAAGCAAGUUGGAUGAUUGUGGUGUAUCAUCUGUCCCUGAGGAGGGUGCAUUGGUUUCUGCAAGAGAUGAAACCAAAGAUGAAGGAAGGAGGAAACAAUUUCAGAGAUGCUUCACUUUAGAAGAGGCUACGGAUACAAUUCUCUUUUGUAGUUCCAUUGUUCAUGACCUAGCAUACAAGGCUGCAACAGUUGGACUGGAGCGAGAGCAGGAAGCUGAAUUCGCUCAUGCCCCUCGACCAACAGUGACCAUGGUAGAAAAAUUCAUUCCAAGGGAAGAUGGUUUGUUGAGAGGUCCUCAGAGGCGAACGACAAGGCGUAAGGUUGAAAGGAAAAUACCAGAAGGUGAUGGAGAAUCCAUCACAGAUACUGCCAGGACAGAAGUAAUUACUAAAGAGCCAGCACCUGUACGUUCUUCUUCUGAAAUUACUACAUUUGAUAGCUUGAAGCCUCCAAAGAUGGAGUCGAAGUGCAACUGCACAAUUAUGUGAAUUGUCCAUGAUUGGAAUGUACCAAGGAGACCUGGGAUCUAAGUUGAAGCCUAUAUAUAUAGUAGUUUCGUUUUGGGCGCAAACCACUACUGCAAGAUGAACCCUGCACCAGUUGAGCGCAGGGGUUUCUUGUGAGAAAAUUUUCUGGCCACGGUGCAUUUAUUUUCUUUUUUUUUUGUUGUAAUAGAGGUGCUUGGGCUAUUCUUUUGUAAAUUCUUCCUUCCCCCUUUUUGCUCUGUAUGUUUAUUCUACGUUCUGCUUGCCGUGUGAUUAUAUUUUAGUUUGCUAAAGAAAUGAAAUUUCAGUUCCACGUAAAGAAAAUUUGUACAACCUCUGCUUCAGAUAUUUGUGUUACUUUUUUCUAAUGAAACUAGGAAUGUAGCUUAUUUAA